GAAGGGUGAGACCACUAUGUAAAGCAUAUAAAUACACAGCAGUACAUUUACAAACUCAACUAUAACGCUUACAAUUCUUUUGAAAAGCAGAAUUUUUCGACAGAGUCCAGUUACAAUAGUUUCCCGUUCUUUUAUUUCUAAAGGUUUAUUUCAAUAUCAUAAAAUGAGUGAGAAAUCCUACAUCGUACAAUUAAAAGACAACACUGAUGUGAACAAGGCAAAAGCCGAAUUGGAAGCAUCUGGCGUUAAAGUCGGUCAUGUAUAUGACACCGUCUUUAAAGGAUUCAGUGUUACUCUUCCUGAGAACUCUGUAAACACUUUGGAUGCUCAUCCGGAAGUUCAACAUUAUGAAGCAGACAAAGAGUUACACACCAUGAAGAAGGAUUAAGAACAGAAAUGGUCAUGUUCUUUUCAAGGAAUUUCCAACUAGCAGUUCUAAUGAUGUGGAAUCCACGUUAUAAAGCGCAGUAGAAUUGGUGGAUACCCUUGAUCUCCCUCUAUUUUUACGUUAAUGAGAUUCGAAAUGAAUUUUUAAACACGAAAUCCCUUCUAGUUUCUACAAAGUAAUAAUGAAAAGUAAGAUUGUAA